GUGAAGUUUGCUCAGAAAUUUGGUAAAAGUCUAACGUUCAAGUUGUAUGUAGUAUGUUGCAGAAAAAUUCGUUGUAAAAAUUUGUUUUCUCAAAAUUUGGUUGUACGCUCUCAAGUGGACAAACACCCCCAACCGCCGCCAAGCAGUUCUCCCGAUCAUUGCAAGCAGUGCAGGCGCCACGCAAUAGCCGUUGCUCUCCCGCAACAACAUCUGUGUACCCCAGCAAUAUGUCGCAUCAUCAACACGUUCUUUCCGAGGCCGCUGCCCUCCGUCUGAUUAACGGUCUGGAGGCAGCCGCCAAUGCCACACCCCUCGGCGGUCAGCCGCAUCAGUCCGCGGCAGCUGAAGCCACCUGCUCGUCACAAAUCGUAGCAUCGGCCCAUCGCAUGGCCAGUGGCACGCCCACUGCAUCCAUGGCAGCCCUGGAAAUAUCCUCAGCACGGCAACGGAUGCUGCCACAGAUACCGCGAAGUCCUCUACAGGAGAGCCUACAUUCGGCGAACGAGAGCGGAAACUCGUGCCGCAUCUGCCGCUGGAACCACAACGACAUGGAUAUCAUCAAGUGUCCGUGCAACUGCAAGGGCAGCGUGGGCUACAUCCACCUGAAGUGCUUGAAGCGCUGGAUCAUGCACAGGCGGGAUAAUCGCUGCGAGAUCUGCAAUGCGGUCUUUGACAUCGCGGAGGAGCGGGCCAGUCUGAAGCAGAUGAUCCGAACCUUCUGCUGCGGCCGUUGUUGCGGCCUGAUUGUGAAGCAUCUGCUAUUUAGCGCCUCGCUUAUGCCACUAGCCCAUGUCAUAUUGCAGCAGGUGCUGCAGUGCAUGGAUAAUAUGAAUCAGGGCAACACCGAUCAGUUCACCGUUCAGGAGGUGUUUGUCGCCUCCUGCGCGCUCCUGACCUCCAGUGCACUGUUCUUCCACUUCUUUGAGUUUGUCACCACGCGGUUCAUGCUCAUCCGGAACAUUCUGAGCCACUGGUGGAUGUUUGGCAGCACCUCCGACUAUGAACUGGUGGAGAUCGAGGAUGACUCCAUCGAUUUUUUCGAUGAUUAGACAAUGAUAUGGACUGAUAAUAAGGACUGAUAACGGAAGGCAGAGCAGUCUUACAAUAACCUAAUGUAUACAAUUAAUAAAAUUAUUAAAGUAUUUCAUUUACUUUCUU